AUGGCGGAACCCAUCUCGAACGCCGCUGAAGCCAAACUGGAGAUUGAGCCAUCAACUGAAAACAUCAAAAUCGCCAAUGGCACCCCGCCGCCCGUUCCUGAAGUAGCGGUCAAAGAUCCCGCUAAUAUUCCAAUCCCAUCGGAAUCGCCCAAGAAAGGAUGCAAGCACACGGAUAAGAUGGAUAACAUCAAAAAGAAGAAAAGACGAACCAAGAAAAAGGCAGUUGACGAGACAUCGGACUCGGAAUCCUCCUCGUCAUCCUCUGAUGACACUGACUCGGAUACCUCAGUUGUAGACUCAGUCACCGAUGAGUCGGAGCUGGAGCGACGCAAGAAGACUCGAUACCGGAAAGCAAAGCAGGCGCUGAGGGAUAAAAAGAAGCGACAGAGACGCAGACAGCGUGGUCGCAAGUCAGCGGCAGUGGACCCCGUUACGGAGACCUCAAGUGAAUCUGACACUGGCUCAGAGUCGUACGAAUCGGACUCGGCGUUGGAUGAGAAGAAUUUGCGACAUCUGGUCGCAAAGCUUACGCUUAAGAAGCGACAUAAGCGAUCGCGUGAUCAAAACAGCGAUGAGACUGGAUCAACUGUUACCCCUACCGAAACUCGACGUUCAAGACGUUCGAAGAGGAAGCCUGCCUCCAAGGUGGACUUCAAGCGUGUAGAUCAAUUAUGGGACAGCACAAUCCACAAGUACAAGCUGACCGAGACGGUGAAUGAUCCUGAUGCCGACGAAUGGGACCAAUAUCUCUUCACUGUGCGCCGGAAGUUCAAUUGGGAAAACAAGUAUCUCGAGACAGUGGUGGACAUCAAAAGCAAGCCCCUGCGUGAGGCAAUGACGAAGGUGAUGGAUGGCGUGAAGGGAGUCAGCAUGGUCGAAGACCCAGCUGUCGUCGAUCCUAACAUGUUGUUCUUGUACCUCGAUGAGACCAGACAGCACAUGAAGGAUCUCAAGGAGAAAUCACGAACGGGAAAGAAACGGAAGGAACGCAAGUCAGCGGCUACUCAAGCGGCGCAUCUUAAGGUCCUCCUCAAGUACCUCGACAGCGACUAUGCAAGCGUCAAGAAGACGCUCUACCCGCUGUUGGAGAAUAACACAAUCACAUUCGAUCUCCUGUGGGCGAUCUUCAAACCCAACUCCAUUGCGUAUACGCCAACUUACGGCAACACCGAUGAGCCCCGUGCCUUUAAAAUCGAGUACGCACAAAAGGAGUCGUCCUUCGUCAGAGGCCAAUGGUACGACAUUGAAGGUCGAUACCUAGAGUAUGACGGGAAAGAUUUUGGAUUCGGCACCAUGUCGGCCGAAGUCGAAUCGUUCAAAGGACCACGUAAGAUCACCAGCCUCGCCUGUUACCCACUGCAAUACCACCGCGAUGCCGAGGGGCUCCAGACUCGUCUGGUCGAGCGUGGUAAGCGAUUCGUGGCGAUGCGUGGCAUGAACUACCGCUUCCACAAGGGAAUGGCGUUUUACAAAAGGAAGAAGAAUCAAAUUGCCAAGGUCAACAUUGAUAGCCGAGUGAUGGUGGACCCAGCUCUUCAUCGCCGUGUCAAUCCGAACUAUGCCAUUAGCACUGUCCGGCCUAAGGAUUCGGAUCUUUUUGAUGCUUUUGGGACGGAUAUGACGGGGGACGAAGACGAUAGCGACAACGGCUGUUGCUGUGCGGGCUCGGAUUCUGACACCGGACAUGGCGGUAUGUCUGAUGUUCCACGAACGAGAUACAAGGUGAUUGAAGGGGACGACGGAACCCAUCGCGUCGUGGAAGUAGAAGUCGACGAGAACGGACAGGAGGUUCAGAAAGAGAACUUGGAGCGCAUCGAAGGUACCGAUGGGGUGAUUGGUCGUGAGUUCACCGAGGAAGAACUCCUCAUCGCCAGCCCUGUCGUGCUGGGCUUUGCCUUCACGGAGAAGAUGUGGCUGGAGUUCACCAUCUCGGGUAUCAGCGAUAUCGAAUGGGAUAAAGAGGCCUUCGAUUCACUGGUCCUCCCCGACAACCAAAAGUCCAUCGUCAAGGCUCUUGUAGAGUCACACACCUUCCACGCAGCCGAGAAUAUCGACGACGUAAUCCAGGGCAAAGGCAAGGGCCUAGUCGCAGUACUUCACGGCCCACCUGGAACAGGCAAGACCCUGACAGCCGAGGGAAUCGCCGAGCUGCUCAAACGUCCACUGUACAUGGUCAGUGCCGGAGAACUAGGAACCGACUCACGUACUCUGGAGGCAGAGCUUAACAAAAUCCUCGAUAUCGCGCACUCAUGGGGCGCCGUCCUCCUUCUCGACGAAGCAGAUAUCUUCCUCGAGAAGCGUACCAUCCACGAUAUCCACCGCAACGCACUCGUGAGUAUUUUCCUCCGGCUGCUGGAAUACUUCCAGGGUAUCUUGUUCUUGACCACGAACCGGGUCGAAACCUUCGACGACGCGUUCCAGUCACGUAUUCACGUGGCGUUGCGAUAUGGCGAUCUGGCACCAAAGGCGAAGCGUAGUAUCUGGAAGAUGUUCCUGGAGCGAGUACGUGCGAUUGAGGGCGUUCAGACUGCGGAGUUCACGGAGAAGGAUUACGACCUACUGUCACGUCACACGCUCAACGGCCGACAGAUCAAGAACUCGGUUCGGACCGCUCAGGCACUGGCGGUCAACGAAAGGAUGCCACUCUCCAUGGACCAUAUCAAACGGGUCCUGGACGUGGCUGAGACGUUCGAUCAUGAUCUUCGCGGCGGAACCGGCUACCUGGAUGCCAUGCGCAGUUACACCUAA